AUGGAGGAGUACGAAGAAGAAGAAGAGGCUCAGGAGGAAGUUCAUGAGCCAGCAGAGGAAGCUCAUGAGGAAGAGGAGAAGCCCAGAAUAAAACUAACUGCUCCUAAAAUACCAGAGGGUGAGAAAGUAGAUUUUGAUGACAUCCAAAAGAAAAGGCAGAACAAAGACCUGAUUGAACUGCAGGCCUUGAUUGACAGCCACUUUGAAGCCAGAAGAAAGGAAGAGGAAGAGCUGGUUGCCCUCAAGGAGAGGAUUGAGAAGCGCAGAGCUGAACGAGCAGAGCAGCAGAGAAUCCGGGCUGAGAAGGAGAAGGAGCGCCAGGCGAGGCUUGCGGAGGAAAAGGCACGGAGAGAGGAAGAAGAUGCCAAGAGAAAAGCUGAGGAUGAUCUGAAGAAGAAGAAGGCUCUGUCCUCUAUGGGUGCAACAUACAGCAGCUAUCUGGCUAAGGCUGACCAGAAGAGAGGGAAGAAGCAAACAGCUAGAGAGACGAAGAAGAAGGUCCUGGCAGAGAGGCGCAAGCCCUUGAACAUUGACCACCUCAAUGAAGACAAGCUGAGGGACAAAGCUAAGGAGCUGUGGGACUGGUUAUAUCAGCUGGAGACUGAAAAGUAUGACUUUACAGAGCAGAUCAAGAGGAAAAAAUAUGAGAUUGUCACCCUCAGAAACCGGAUCGAUCAGGCCCAGAAGCACAGCAAGAAGGCAGGAGCCAAGGGCAAGGUUGGUGGGCGCUGGAAGUAAAGAACCAGGCAGGAUGGCCUUUAGUGGUGUGCUGAACCCCUGCAGGUCUCCUCUUCCCUCCUUCACCGAUCACUUGUGUUCUCAUGCCUCAAUGAUAACAAAAAUCACAUCAGCCUGCAUUGGCUCUUGCUGCUGCUUUUAUUCCUGGAGGGGUCUGGUGGCUUCCUCAGGCAAGGGGAAGCAGGUUCCCUGUGGAACAUGGAUGACUCCUUGCUGGCAUCUUCAAUUCCUGCUGAGCAUGUCCCUUAUCCUCAUGAUACCAGCCCUAUGCUGUCCUGUAGAUUGCUGUGUACAAAUCUCUGGAUUUUGUAAAUAAAGCACAACCAGUACCUACUCCAA